AUGGCACCGUCUUUGAAAUCUCCAUGUAUUUGUAUCACCAAUUUUCCUUAUGAUAAGCCGACUGACAAGCGAUCAUUACAAAACGCGAUCCACUAUAGUGUCAAUCGUUUUCUCAACAAAUCAUCAACAACAAAAAAAAUUUGGAGUAUUAUUUUAGAUCCCGAUUAUUCACUAUUAUCAUCAUCCGAACAACACAAACGAAUUAAUUAUACAAUUUAUGACUGCCUCGCCGUUAUCUUUCCAUACCGAGCUAUUUAUGAAGAAUGGUGGUUAAUAAAACUUCGUGGAGCAGAAUUAAUAUCUUUAUUUAUCUCAAAUGCUUCAUCUCAUUCUUCAUCAUUACCAUUAUCAACCUUUUUAGAAAAUAUUUUCGAAGAUGAAAGUGAAGAAGAUGAUGAAGUAAUUGUUUCUUUUCUUUCUAGUCAACUUGUAUCUGGUGGUGAUAUUAUAAAUCCUGUUUCAUCAAAUCAACAUUUAUCUUCUGAUGAACAAACUCAACCACGGCGGACACGUAAUUCAGCGGCUGCACGAACACGUCCCAGUCGAAAACACAAUAAGAGUCAAACACGGUCACAACAACAGGUCUUAGAAAUGUACUGUUAA